AUGCCUUCAACAUCCCAACUCCAGGCUCUAAGAGACAGUCUCACGCCAGACGCAACGCUCCUCUCCGAUCCGUCCUCGUUCGAAUUCCAAGCACACCUGCAGCGGUGGUCGAAUGUCAAUCUCCGUACUCCAUCAGCGAUCGUCUUGCCCAGCACGGAAGAGGACUGCUUGAGCAUUAUCAAAUGGGCGAGAUCUACAGGGACGCCAUUCGUGUGCAAAUCGGGUGGAAUGUCGCUCUAUUCCACGAUCGAUGAGGCCGGCAUCGUCAUUGACCUUAGUGACUUCUCUUCCGUCACUUAUAACGAAAGCAGAAGCGAAGCAACGCUCGUUGGUGGUGUUCGAAGUAAGGAGGUUGCGAUGGAAUUGGCAAGACAUGGGGUUUGCACGACUCUCCCAUCAUCCAAUACCGUCGGUGCGAUUCCGUUCUUCCUAAAUGGUGGUAAUUCUCCAUUGGCGUCGAAGCUGGGCUACGCCUCCGAUAACAUUCUGCGUGCUCGAUUGAUCACAGCCGGUGGCGAAAUCGUCAACGCGUCUGACGACGAGCAUACCGAUCUUCUGUUUGCUAUCCGCGGCGCAGGGCAAUUCUUCGGUCUCGUUGUGUCGUUGACGGUGCGCGCAUAUCCGGUCCUUGAAGUUUUCGGCAACGCUCAGGGUCGCUUCUGGAAUGGGCGAUUCAUCUUCCCCUUGGACCGUGUAGCGGAAGUUGCAGAAGCUAUGCGCCAUGUCGUCAACAACUCGACUUACUGCGCAGGCGGCCUUAUCAUGAUCGCCGCACCGCCGCCGACUCGUUGCCCGGCUAUUGUAGUCACAGCCCGAGUUAUCCACCCAAAGAGCGAAGAGCUGCAAGGAGAGGUCUUCAAAGCGCUCUAUGACUUGGGACCAGUAGCGUCUGCCGGCGGCAUGAUCCCCAUUGAGAAUAACGGCGACUCCCUCCAACCCCUCAUGGCUCCAGGCGAUUUCAAGAAGCUACGCUUGACAGCCAUCCACGUCUAUGACCCCUCCGUCUUCCCAGAGAUCGCAGAGCUCUGGCGACAAAUGACGACGACUUGUCCCGACGCCAUGCCAUCCAUGUUCAGCAUCCUUUGGGAAUCGCAAUCCCCGCUACCGCCAACAUUCGCCACGGCGAAUGGUAUGCAUGGCAUACGCUUCUGGGCGAACAACUUGACGUGGUGCACGAGUGCUGAGAGCCAGGAAGUCGUACAGGGGUAUUUGGAGAAAGUGAUUGCGGUCACGAGACGGGGCCAGAAACCUGUGGAGUAUGUGGACUUCGCGAAUAGUCUGCGGGAGCCGGAGUCGCCGGUUCAUCGACGGUAUCAUGAUUUGGAGAGGCUUCAGCGGUUGAGAAGGCUCAAGAUGGAAUGGGAUCCGGAGGGGUUGUUUGGUGGUGAUCUUUUGUGA